CAAAUCCAAAAAAAACGACCCAUUUACAAGCCCUUUAGCGGAUUUUGUCCUAUUGAGUAUCGACCCCUCUCAAUGGGUAAACAAGCUCUUUUCGAUCGUUCCUGAAUAUGGUGUUGCACUUGCACUCUUGCCAAUUGACAUACAACAAGAACAUCGCCUCCUUUGACAUUACAAAUUUUCAUACUCAUAUAUUGCUGAAAAACUUUAGAAACCCUUGUUAAACCCUCAUACUAGAGCAAUGCUCUCACGCUUCAUUGCAAUCCAUUCUCGGCAACUCCGACACCUUUCUAUCACUCUUUCUCCUCAUUUCCACCCUCCUUUUCAAUCUCUUCAAAUCCCUAAAUUCCAAUCGACCAAUUUCAUCAAUCACAGUCGCUAUUUCUCCAGCAAUGGUGAAAAUGGAAAUGGGGAAAAACCCACUUCAGAUUUAUGGAAAAUCGGCCCAGAAACGAGUAAUUUAGAUGAUUUUUUUAGUACCCAUGAAGGGAAUUUGACGGGGGAUAAGGAGGAAGUGAGGAGAGAUUCGAGGGUUUCACGAGAACAAUCAUGGGUUGUUGGAGAAAGUGGGGAUGUUGGUGAUGGAGGUGUGUUUGAUGAGUUUGGAGGGGGAGAGAGUGGUGGGGUGGGUGGUGAGAGGGUAUCGCCAUCGCCAGGGUUUCAGCCAUGGAAAUUAGGGGAGGAGGGGAGGGUGGAGGAUCUGUUCGGGCUCGAAGGCGGUGUCCGAGGUGAGGGAAGAAGUGAUGGGACUGUGGAGGAGAGGGAAAUGGUGAGUGCUGCUCAGAAAUUAGAGCUUGAGAAGGAAGAACAAGCUCUCAUGGAUGUUCUUAAAGGUCCAAACCGUGCUUUUGGUGACCUCGUUGCUGCAUCUGGAAUCACUGAUGCAAUGCUGGAUAGCUUGAUUGCCUUGAAAAAUUUCCAAGAUAUUGAUGGACUGCCUCCUUUGACACAAAUAGAAGAUGAGCGUUAUGAGAAGACUUUUAGAAAAUCAUCGAGAUAUGAAUUGGAGCUUCAGAAGCAGGAGGAAGCUGCAAAGGCAAGGGUUAGACAAGUGGAUGAGAAAGGAAGAGCUUACGGGACCGGAAGGAGAAAGUGCAGUAUAGCUCGAGUUUGGAUUCAACCUGGCGAGGGAAGUUUUUUGAUUAAUGACAAGAUGUUUGAUGUCUAUUUCCCGAUGCUUGAUCAUCGUGCUGCUCUUCUUCGACCAUUUGCUGAGACAAAGACAUUAGGUCUUUGGGACAUCAAAUGCACUGUGAAAGGAGGUGGUACCACAGGUCAAGUUGAUGCAAUCCGUUUAGGGAUUAGCAGGGCAUUGCAAUGUUGGGAACCUGGGUUGCGCCCUCCACUCAGAGAAGCUGGGUUUUUGACAAGAGAUCCUAGAGUUGUGGAGCGUAAAAAGCCCGGUAAAGCUAAAGCAAGAAAGAGCUUCCAAUGGGUCAAGCGUUAACAUGUAUCACCUCACAACACCCUCAGUUAUUAUUUUUGUUUUAGGGGGGAAUCUAUACGCCCCAUGGAUGUCAUAACUCCAUAGAUCAGAAGUAGUUACAUCUUUUUGCUGGAAACGCGAUUCUGGAAACUGCUGAGGCAGAAUCUAUCCCUUUUUUCGUCACUUUCAUUAGGGCAGCCUUAAGGGUGAACAAAAAAAUAGUUCACAAUAAGUGAACAAGUGAAUGGGUGGUUUAAUGGUGAUCUCUAUAAUUGUUCAUAGUGAAUGGUUGUGGGAUCGAUUGCUGCUGCAAGCAUUUGGACGAAUUUAUGGAUUGUGGGCCCCACCCAUUUUUA